UGCUGUCAGGGCUGCCAAACAAUUUCUUCGUUGUUUGAUCGAAAUUAUUUGAAUUUUCUUCGAGAGCUUAGGACACGAAACGUUUCGAUUUCAAAUUGCAUACAACAUCUAAAUAAACAUAUAUAUAUUUUUUAUAUAAUUUGCCACGAUGGAAGACCAAAAGAGGCCGUCUGUAGUUAAUUCGGUGGUCAUUAGGCCACGCCUUAUUUAUGGUCUACGCACCGAUGUCAUUGGCAACAUACAGUUCAAUCUCAAUAAGGAGGUGAUGUAUCCCGUCGAGGGUGUCCUGGCCUUCCAUGACUUUGUGACCAACAAACAGCGCUUCCUUCGUUUCCCGGAAGACACCAGACCCGAGAUAAUUGCACUUAGUUCACAUCGCAAACUCAUGGCCGUUCUGGAGAGGCACUCAAAAAAUGGACGUUAUAUAUCCAUUUAUGAGCUGUCCACUUUGAAGAAGCGUCGACAUCUGGAGCUGCCUGGCAAUCAUCGCAAUGCUGAGGUACAACAAAUGAUCUUCACCAACGAUUCCCGUGCCGUUGCGCUGGUCACCAAGCCUCCAAAUGAGAUGAUCUUCAUGCUGGUGCUGGACAAGACCAGUACUGUGAUCGAGGGACGUGCCACUGUGCCGGGCUCCCAUGGAGGGGCCGAGUGCAUUGCCGGCAAUCCGAGUGAUUGCAGCUUCAUUGCCGUGGCCGGAGAUCGUACGCUCCUACUGAUGAGCAAGUCGGAGCGAGGAUUCACCAUUAACAAUAACUUGAAAGUCACGUAUCGCGUCACCUCGAUGGCCUUUCUGUCUAUGGAUCUGCUCAUGGUGGGCACCGAUCACGAUCAACUGAUUUUGGUGGAGAAUGGUGAGCAGAAGCUUAGCCAGAAGGCCUCCAUCGCGGAGACAGUCGAUCUGCUGAUGGACCAAGAGAUGUUCGACAAGGAGCGCGAGGCUCUCGAUCAACGAUUCGUGCACACACAACAGAUGGUCCUGCCCGACUGGCGGGUACUCUGCAUGACAGCCUUUGCCCGGGGAUUCGCCUACAUCAUCUUCAACAAGGUCUUUGUCUUUGAACGCGUCUCCAAGUUCAAGUUUGAGCGUAAAACCGUCUUAACUGUGCCCAUAACACUAUAUGCCGAACCCCUCUAUCAAAUCACCAAUUUGGCUAUAGAUCACAAGCAGGAGACUGUGAUUGUAACCUGUGCUCAUGCUCAGAUCUAUGUGGGCAUCCUCAUUGUCCCAGAGACUCUCAAGACCAAGCAGCUUAAGUUUGAGCCGCUCGGCGUGCUUAUCCACAUCGGAGAGGUAGUUGAUGUAUCCGUUUGUGCCUGGAAACCCAUCAUUAUGACGGCAUCUCGGGAUCAGACUAUACGCAUCUGGAACUAUGAGACUGCCAAGGUGGAGCUUGUGCGUAAAUUCCAGGUGGAUGUCAAUAUUGUGGAGCUGAACUCGACGGGUCUAAUGGCGGCCAUUGGUUUCUCCGAUCAGCUGCGCAUUACACAGAUCUUUAUGGAUGAAUUAAAUAUUGUCAAGACGUACAAUUUUCCGCAUUGCAACGAUGUGAGAUACUCGAAUCUUGGUCAUCUGAUGGCAGCUGCCUAUGAUAAUAAUAUAGCCGUCACCUCUGUGUAUAAUCUUGAGGUGAUCAUACAGCUAAAAGGACACAAUGGAACUGUUUUGUCGGUGGCAUGGACAAAGACGGAUAAGUUUCUGAUUUCUGGCGGGGCUGAGGGUGCCAUCUACCAGUGGGACAUUGAGACGGGUGCCCGUCUCCAGGAAAUUGUCCAAAAGGGCACCGAAUAUGUCACCAUCUGCUGUAGCUUCAACGAACCGCUGACGAUCUUUGCGGGCACCAAUCAUGGCACUAUACGUGAGUUCCAGGACUCGACGCUGCAGAGGGAAGUCGUAUUACCUUCUCGCAACAAGGGAUCCGUUUCGGAUCUUUGCCUGGCACGCUCCGAUCUCAUCAUGUUCAUAGCUGAUCAUGAGGGCGGACUAUUUAAUAUGCAGCUCCCCUUCCUCGAAGCGGGAGGAGGAACUUUCACCAAUUUCCGAUUCUUCGAUGGUCCGGUUAAUAAGCUGAGAUUCACCUACGACGGGUCCAUGCUGGUGGCCAUAUCCAAGAGGGGCACCGUUGCCAUCUGGUCCAUGGAGAACGUUGAGGAGAAGCUGGCGCCCAUGGAUCAGGAUCUGAUGAAGAGUCAGGAGGUGUUGAUACCACGCACUCAGCUAAGCGAUAAAAUCGAACAGAUAACGAAUCUGGAGCUGCGUCUCAAGCAGCAGGCGGAGGAGUUCCAGUAUCAGUUGAGUCAGAACGAGAUCUUCGAUGGCCAGCAGCUGCAGGAGGUGCAUCGCAGCUAUUGCAGUGCCCUCGAGGAGCUGAAAGAGCUCAACAACGAGAUCGUGUCGCGUCACACCGAGGAAAUGAAUCUCAUCACUUUCCAGAUCAACGACAUCAAGCAGGAUCAUCGCGGUCAGAUGGACGUCUUGGCCAAUCAGUACUCGGAACGGAUGCUCAUCGAGUACCAGAAGUUUACCAAUCUUCGCGAGAAUAUGCUCGAGUUACGUGAGAGUUACGAGGAGAAACUGAAGAAUUCGACGGGCACUCUGCAGGACACGAUCGAAGCCUUGGAGAACGAUUACAAGAAGCAGCUGGAUGAGCGCAAGGAUCUCAUCCGGGAGCUGAUGAAGGAGAUGCAGGACAAAAAGGAUGAGUUCAUCAAAUACUGCCAGGAGGUGGAAAUGGAGAACGAUCGCAACAUGAUCGCCACACAAACCGAAUACGAGAAUAAACUCACCACGGAGCGCAAUGAGACGCAGAUGUGGCGUGGCAAGGCGGGUGUGCUCCAAAAGAAAUACGAAUCCCAGAGCCGCGAGAUUGAGAGUCUGCUCGAAGAGGUGGAAACCCUGAAGGAGGAGCACGUCAAAUCCCAGUUGAAGAUGGCUAAACAAUUGCGCAAUGUGGAAGAUCUGCAAAAGGAUAUUUCCGAUCGAGAUUACGCCAUUGGGGCGAAGGAGAAGCGCAUCCAGGAGCUCCUGCACAAGAACCAGGAGCUGGACAAGUACAAGCAGGUGCUCAACCAUAAGAUUGCCGAGCUGAAGGCACAGAUCGAGCCCCGUGAGUUUCAGAUCAAUGACAAACGCAAACACAUUAUCGAAAUGGAGCACGAACUGGAGGGUCUCAAUCAAAACAACAUACAGCUGGAGCUGCAGCUCAAGGAGAUGCGCGACAAGUAUCUGAGCAACGUGGCCGAGCUGCGCACCGAGCGGCAUCGAGCCAAGGCGGCCCGGGAAUGUCUCACCGCCAUCUGUACGGACAUCUACUAUGUGGCCGGAGAGGUCAACACCUCGGAGGGACUGAAGAAGGCGGUUAAACAGCUGUUCCACAAGCAUGCCAACGAUGAUGAGCUCAAGCGUUUCGUCACCCUGGAUGCGGAGGUGCGUGAUGAGUUCCUGCGUCAGCGUAAACAGAUUGAAACCGUGCUAGCGCGCUACAAACUCGUGGCGGAGGACAAGAGUGUGCAGAAGAAGUAUGACAAGCUGUUCCAGGAGAAUGUUGUGCUGCUCGACGAGCUGGAGAAGAUGCGCGAUGACAACAAGAGUCUGCGUGCCCGUCUCAAGGAGGAUAUGCGAAAGUCUGUGGUUCGCAAGGUUGACAAGAAUUAGUUUCGUUUCGGGAUCAAUUACAUAUAUACUUAAAUGCAGCACAAUAUUUCGAAUCUGUUUAGCAAAUGUUCUUAUAAAAA